AUGACCAAGUAUUAUGCAUUUUGUUUACUUUAUGGGCUAAAUGCAGGGAUUGCGUCAGGGAUGAUCAGUAUGCCUGCCAUUUGGGCUUGCUGAGGAUUUUAUUCUAAAAGGAUUGGUCUGAUAUCAAGCAUUGGACUUGCUGGGAAAAGUAUCGGCCCAACAGUAUUUGGGUUUUUGUGAGCUUGAUUAAUAAAUCCAAAUAAUGAAAGCAUCAAAAAUAAUAAUAAAAAUGACCAAUAUUUUGCCUCGUAUGUAAAUAAUAAUGUUCCAGGUGCUAUCAGAUGAGUUUCGUUAGCUUAUUUUAUUACAGCUAUAUUCGGGAUUUGUAUGAUUUGCAAUAAAAAACAUGAAAAAUCAGAAGAAAAAGAAAAUAAAACCUCGAUGAAACUUAUUGAGGUAAUUAAACAAAAAAGAUUUUGGCUUCUGACGAUGCUGUUUUAUUUUUUCUAUAUUUUUUAUGUGUACUUAUUAUCAGAAUAUAAAGAGUUUGGGACAACCCAGAUAAACGAUGACUUAUUUUUUACAUGCAUUGGAGCGAUUGGAUUUUUAUUGGGUGGGAUGUCGCGCCUGCUUUGUGGGUAUUUUCUUGAUAAGUUUUUAUGAUGAAAGGUAGCUUUAACUUCAGCAUCAAUUCAAAUAUGUAUAAGUUUGUCUAUUUAUUAUAUUGUUGUAAGUGAAGUUUUAUAUGCAGUCUGAGUUUUGAUAGGCUUUAUAUUCGUUAGCUGUACUGGCCUUGUUCUAGUAAUGACAUGCAAAGCAAUUUAUCCCCAUGAUGAUUGAAUUUUAUCAUAUUCGAACACUGGAUUUACAUUAUUAAUUGGAUCGCUUUAUGCCUACCAGUUACUAGUUUUCCCUGUAUUUCAUAUAUAGAUUCCACGUUGGAGCCCUUUUUAACACGUGGAAAAUCCUCACUUCCACACGCCAAAAAGGGCUCCACAUGUGGACCCCAUUUCCCGUGUGGACCCUUAUAAGAGGUUGUCCGAUGAUGGCGCAUUGAGCGCCAUCAUCGGGCAAUUUCUAUAGAUUAUAGGCUAUCAAGGCAUAUACAUAAAAUGGCGUAUGGCGACCGACCCACCCUCUCAGUGGUGGUUACCCAUGUAUAUCCGGGCAUGGUUUUUGGAGCCAGGAAUUAGCCCAACAACGUCUGGGACCUCGAGGCGAGAGGCCCAAGCGCGAGAACCGCUGUUUUUGCGACCAGACCCAUGGGCAGUUACUCGUGACUUCUUUUUGCCAGCAGCGCUCAGCCCAGUGAGUGCCCGAAAUGAGGCAGGGUGAAUUACCUGCCUAAGCUGCUUUAGUGGCUCGCCCCGAAUGGCGAAAGCUGUUGAGUUCUUUCUCGGGAUGACCGGAAAAGAGGGGAGGCGAGUUAGACACCAAAACGGGGGUCUCUCCAGUUGAAAAGGUGCCCUUCAAUGGGCAGAUCUGGCGGACGACGAAGCGGAGUUGGCGUAAACUUAGGCGACGAUCCAAGUUUGGAAAUGGAGGUGGUCAGCAAAGCCGGUAUGAGACGGCCCUUGACAAUACCUCUACCGAGAAACCGGGGGUUUCGGCCCGGGCUUGGUGAACGCUCUGCCACCACACGGGAGACCGUGGCAUGCGACCUCGGACGUAGUAGGGACCUUAAAUACCCAGCGUAAUCUUAAUCUUAAUCUUAAUAGGCUAUCAAGGCACAUUUUUUGUUAUGGCUGGUUGCUUAUUAGCCAGCAUUAUUAUUAUAUUAGUUUUAAAGCAAUGCAAAUGUCUUCAAAGUUAUCAAGCUUCAAGCAACCCUGAAUCAUCACCUAUAGAGGCCCAAAAAAUGCAAGCAGGUGAAAGCACAGAAUCUAACUCUUCUUCUGGUACAAAUAAUAACAAAGAAGAGCAAAUAAUAACUACAUUGAAUACACACAAAAUAAUAAAUUUAUAA